AUGGAAGCAUCACAUUUUUUACAAAGCAGGAGGAGCUUUGCUGCAACUCUGGCUCACUCAAGGCAUGCACAUGAACACAAUAAGCUAAGACACUGUUCGAUUGCUGCAGUGCUAACGCGGCCGGCGGAGAAUAUAAACAUAGCAACAGGCAAAAGCAGAACUAUAAUAAUACCAGCAGAUGUAGUCACUGGUGCAGAAGAAAAGAGCAGAGUCUAUAAUGAUAACUGGUUUGAUCGGAUGGCCAUUAAUCAUCUGUCUCAGAAUGUUCAAGCUGCAACAGGGUUGAAGAACAACAAGAGUGGCUUCGAAAGCUUGGUAGAGGCAGCUACAGCUGCAUCGAGAAAAUUUAAUCCAGCAAAACAGAGAGAACUAGUUAUUCAAGCUCUAGAUAGUGCCUUCCCAAAGCCUAUAUUUUCCCUGCUUAGAGCAAUACUUCCACAAUCGAAAUUUGCAAGGGAAUACUUUGCUAUCUUCACCACCGUCUUCUUUGCCUGGUUGGUGGGGCCCUGUGAGGUAAGGGAAUCGGAGCUCGAUGGAAGAAAAGAGAAAAAUGUAGUCUACAUAAAGAAAUGCAGGUUUUUAGAGGAAACCAAUUGUGUUGGGAUGUGCAUUAACAUGUGUAAGAUGCCAUCUCAAAGCUUUAUCAAAUCUUCCCUUGGAACUCCAGUCAACAUGGUCCCAAAUUUUGAUGAUAUGAGCUGUGAGAUGAUAUUUGGUCAGGACCCUCCAGAGCUAUCCAAUGAUCCAGCACUCAAGCAACCAUGCUUCAAACUAUGCAAAGUAAACCAGAGGCACAACACUAAUGACUGCUCCAAAUAA